AGCUCUGCGCGUUCACUGGUGUUUUACACUGAACACGGAGGAACAGCGAGAGAGUCAAAUCUGCAUUUAGACAUGGAAGACAAUCCCAACUGAAACAACCUGCAUCCAAACACACCCAAGCUGCGUAUGAACGUACAUGCAGACUGCCUUUUCCACCAUGGAUUAAGUACAGAUUACGAGACUUCACAUGGGCUUUUGAGACAUCACAUACAAAAAGAGCAACAUGAUCGAUCUCAGCUUCCUGACCGAGGAGGAGCAGGAGACCAUCCUGGCUGUUUUAAAAAGAGAUGCCGAGCUCAAAAAGGCCGAGGAGAAACGAGUCCAAAACCUGCAGCAGAACGUGAGCGACCGCGGCCAGCUCAGGUACCUGACCGGAGAAUGGUUUUACGAGACCAAGCAGCUUCGGCAUCAGGAUCGCAUCCACGGCUCGGACAUCAUCAGGGCGUCAAUGAAACACACACAUAAACCUCUGACCAUCUUGGAGCUUUCCCAGAUCCUGCCUGAAAGGCCCAGUUUUGUCAGCAGUGAAAAUAAGGAAGUGUUUGUGCCGCCCGUUCUCUCUGGUCUGCUUCAGGAGCCACAACUCGGCAAUCACAGGGAUCAAAACCAGAACCCUUAUGAACCACAAGAGACACCUAAACUUGCCGUAUUGUCGCCCACAAAGCCACGGAAAAACCCAUUCAACAAUGAGCUCAUAGAAUCACACAGUCCUGAGGAAAGUAGCAGCCAGUCGGUGGAUGUAUCAGUGCAUCAAAUCCUGUCGACAAGUAACGAGUUUUUACCAUCACCUGAGAGCUGCAAUCCCUUCAUCACACUCCUAAAAGAAGAUCGUAUCACUUGCCCUGUUACCCAGAAUGCACCUGAAAACAGUGCAGUCAGUACCAGGUCUCAGGACGCUGUUGAUGAAGCAGACGGGUUAGAAGAAAGAGAGACUAACCCUGCGUCUCCACAGAGCAUCCUCAAGCACUUGUCCACCUCGGACUACACAGACUCACACAUUCCAGUAAAUGUGGACCCUCCCUCUGAAACCUGGGCGGACAGGAAACAGGUGAGGUUCAGCUCUGCGGUUGGUCGGCGGGUGGUGGAAUGGCAGGAUGGGAAGGAGAUGGGAGAACACAGUCUGCUGGACGUCGACUCCAUCACUUCAUCUGAGGAGGAAAACAAGAGCGACUCAAAGAAGACUGGCACAUGUAGACCUUUAGUAGGACAGACUCAAGUGGAUUCAAGAGAUGAUGAAGUUGGGUGUGAAGAGGAUCAAAACCUCCAAACCCAAGAUGUGGACCAACACCAGGUCAUUGGUGAUUCCUCUGAGACUGGCCUCCAAACCCCUCAAGUGUCCAGCAUUAUUUCAGCCGAGCAGGAGUCAGGUAAGCCUGUUCAGCUGGAGACGGAGCCUGAAGAGGACCUUCACUCUCAGACUAGGGCCACACACUGGCCGACUGGACACAACAUUCAACAACCACAGCAAAAGCAGUCUGAACAGUGCAGUGAUGCUGUAGAUGAAGAUCCCUCUCAAAACAAACUGUCCACCAACGACAGCUCGAAGAAGAGUUCCUCUCAUGGUAUUUCACCUCCGCAGAAACGAAGGCUAUUUGGGAUUUUUAGAAGAGAAAAGGAUAAAACAGUUGAAGUCGACAGUCCACAGGAGGAAGAGGUGAUGCAAACUAACAAUGAGAAUGUGAACCUCUCCGAAACUUCUGCAGGUACAAAGGUGGAUGAACCUGAAAGCGUCCCACAAAAACCUAAAUCUGCAGAGACGGCUGAGGUCAGAACACUUCAACUUACAGCUCUUCAAAACACUCCAUUUAAAGAAGCAAUGACAGAAGACACUCUGCAGGAAACAGAUGAUGGAGCCACUCAGUUUCCAGAAAGAUUAUCUGAUUUGAAAGCCUUCUGGGAAAAGGAAAAUAGCAUUCCUAAAAUAAUAUUUACCAGAGAAAUCACAAGACAUGAAGCCACUACCGAGACAGAAAUAGAAGCUUCAUGUGGGCCUCAAAAUGUUCAGAAUGUGGAGAGUGAAAGCAGUAAUAUCUCACAGAUAAUAGAGACGGAGAAUCUUAGAGUUGAGGAACAUGCUGCAAAGACCCAAGAGGAGGCUUGUUUACCAGAGUCUGAAUGUAGCCUCUUGGUGGUGUUAACAAAAGAAGAUGGGACCUACAGAGCUAAUCCAGUCCUCAUCUAUGACACUGAUGAUUCUUUGACUGGCUCAGAGUCGCAGAUUAGUGUGCAACAGGAACAAACCAGUAGUCCAGCACCAUUCUUGAAUACCUGUGGCAUCCCGAAGCAAAAAGGUGAUACCCCACUUCCCCUUCCAAGGCACUUCAUUUCAAGUCCUCAAGAGGAUAAGCCACCAAAGUUAGAUGAGCUUAAGAAUUUUUGGGAAAAGGAGUGUUCAGCAUCAAGGGUAAUUGCUGGAAGAGCCAUGGAAGAAGCACCCAGUGGUUCAGUACUCAGUAACAAAAUAGCCUCUCCUCAGACUGAACCGAGAGCAUCCUUUGAUAGUAAAGACAGGUGUGAAGAUGUGGUGCAAAUAUCUCCUAGCAAGACUAAAUCCGGUGUUGCCAAAUCAUUAAUUGUGACAGAGAAGGGCUUUGUCAGCCAGAGUUUGGACAGGUCACCAUCAAGAAGUUUCCCCCAGGAACUGCAGACAACAUGCCAGCAAUUCAAGGCAGAUGCAGAGUUCCAAGAAAGACCCCUCAGUCCAUGCAAAUCCCCAAUUAGACGAUCAAAAGACCAAGAUGAUGAUGUCAGAAGAAGUCCCUCUAAGACCUGUCACCCAAGGGUCUUACCCAGAGAACCCUCUAGUCCUAAGGGAUCCAGAUUGGAAGGCUCCCCAUUGAAAACAUUUAAAAUAGACAUUGACCCCCAAGAGCAGCUCGGGAAGCCGACACCGGUCCCGAGACAGAGGAAGAGUCCCUCACAUGAAGCAAAACUGACGGCAGUUUCAAGUCCUGCAGAUGCUGUAAGCAAAGGGACAAAAAUUUGCGAUGAAAACAUUAAACAUUGUUCAGUCUCAUCAAAUGUGUCACGACCUAUUCAAGCUUCUCCAGAGAAGAAAUUGGGUCCGUUUACACAUCUGGUCAGAUCCUAUAUCCCUCAGGAUCAACAGUACUACCUUGGGCCAAAAGAAAAAGCCCAUCGCCCCCCCUUUCACCAAGAAGAGUCUCAUGUCGCUGAGGCUGAUGCAGUACACAGACCACAAAGCGUCCUCAGAGAUUUUGUGGGAAACCAGAGUGACAGCGCCACAGAGGGCACUCCUCCGAUCAGUUCAUGGAUUGUACAAAUCAAAGACUGCAGCCAAGACACGACACCCAGAGCCUGGUCUCUGUCUCGGGCAAGUUCAGGCAGUUAUGAUGAUAAAUCUAGCCCUGUUAUGUCAGCUCUGAAUCGGUUGUCGUCAAAGAUCAAGUCCUCAUCUAAAAGUCUGGAAAACCUCAUCUCGCAGACAAGCAAUGAAAACAACAAAAAUGGCUCCAGAGGACAAAUAAAUCGAAGUGUGGAUGAUGUUUCAGAACUUCCUCCAUCACCACCACCUCUCGCCAACUCAAAAAGAGCGAGUAUGUCAGUGCCUGUACUUCAACAGGAUGAGACGGACAGUGACAGCGCUUUGGAGAACAACCUUCGCAGGAGAACAAACACAGGCAGCUCCACGUCUAACCUAAGUCUCUCAUCUGGCAUGGCCUCGAUGUCCUCUGUGAGCGGCAGCAUCAGCAGCAUUCACCCUGCGGACUACAGUGACAUCGAGGUCCAGGGAACCAUCCAGUUUGCGGUCAACUACAUCCAGAAGCUUGGCGAGUUUCACAUCUUUGUUGUCCACUGCAGAGACCUGGCCACGGCCGACUCCAAGAAGCACCGCUCGGACCCGUACGUGAAAUGUUACCUUCUCCCUGACAAAACCAAACUGGGAAAAAGAAAAACCACUGUCAAGAAGAAGACAAUAAACCCCACCUACAAUGAAAUUCUAAGAUUUAAAAUCUUGAUGGAGGUGUUAAAAACGCAAAACCUGAACGUCUCAGUUUGGCACAACGACACUUUUGGACGUAACAGCUUCCUGGGUGAGGUGGACUUGGACUUAUCAGAGUGGGACUUCAGCAACACUCAGAUCAACGAAUAUGCAUUAAAACCCAGGGUUUCGGUCCUGACGUCCUCUCCUUCCCGUUUCAUGGACAGCAGAGGACAGAUGAGAGUUGCCCUGCGAUUUCUUCCACAGACAUCCCACAGUAACGGAACGUCCAGGGUGGAAGCUGGUGAGGUUCAAAUUUGGGUGAAAGACUGCAAGAAUCUUCCACCAGCCAGAGGAGUCAUUAUUGACCCGUUUGUGAAAUGCACCGUCCUUCCUGACACGAGCCGGAAGAGUCGACAGAAGACCCGCGUGGUGAAGAGGACGGCCAACCCCAUGUUCAACCACACCAUGGUGUACGACGGCUUCAGACCGGAGGAUCUCAGAGAGGCCUGUGUGGAGAUCACAGUGUGGGACCACGACCGGCUCAACAACCACUUCAUCGGUGGAAUCAGACUGGGACUGGGGACAGGAAAGAGUUACGGAGUGGAUGUUUUUUGGAUGGAUUCUACAAAAAAAGAAGCCGACUUAUGGCAGAAGAUGCUGGAUUCUAAUGGCGAAUGGGUUGAGGAUGUUUUACCUCUGAGAAUGUUACUGAUGGCUAAAAGCAUGUCGAAGUGAGGUUGGAAAAAAGGUUGUGAAAGUGUAAAUCUGGAUGGGAUGAAACACAGAAAGGCCGACUUAAUCAACUAUGUGUGUAAAACUGAUGAUUAUUGUACGACAAAUUACGUUUAUAGAUAAUCGAUCCGUCCCUAUGGUCUAAAUGUCAUGUAAAAUGUGUCAUCUUGAUAAUAGGUAAUUUAUUUAUGGGAAGAAAUCAAAAAGAAUACAUGACAAGAGUUAACAUAUUGUGAUCUGGAGUAAAGCACAGUGUUUAAUUUGCACAGUAAUCAUUUAAAUCUAAUCCCAUUCUUCCCAUUUUAUGUGAUUAUUGCAUCAAGUCUUGAAUAAACUGGAUAUUAAUUUAA